AUGAGCAUCAGCCGGUAUCCGCGACAUGUUCCACUGAACGCUUUCCAACGGGCCUUUUUGUUUGCUAGUUCUGGCAUUGCCGCAUUGAUCAAUCCUCGCCGCCAUGAUCUGGUUGCCACGUUUGGAGAAAUGACAAUGCAGCCCUUUUUCGCUGAGCGGCUCCGGAAGGAAAUGCUCAGCGACAAAGUGGGCCGGCAGCUGCUGAGGGAACGACCAAGAAUCACAUCAAAAUCACUAGAUAUCGACUAUCUGAGACAACUUCCCGCCAACACAGUGGGCAGACAGUAUGUGGAAUGGCUGGAUCGCGAGCAUGUCUCUCCAGAUACUCGGCUAGAUGUGCGGUUCCUGGAUGACCCUGAAUGCGCGUAUGUGAUGCAGAGAUACCGCGAAUGCCACGACUUUUAUCACUCAAUUACAAAGCUGCCGGUAUUUAUGGAAGGUGAGAUUGCUGUCAAGGCGUUUGAGUUUGCUAACCUCGGUAUCCCCAUGACCGGGCUUGCGGCUUUUUCGGAGCCCUUCAAGCUAAAGAAGCAGGCGGCAAGAGACCGUAUGUGGAGCAUCUACAUCCCUUGGGGUCUUGCCAAUGGUGCCUUCUCUAAACCUCUCAUCAACGUAUACUGGGAGGAGCAGUUGGAGCGCGAUGCAGACGAGCUUCGCUCUGAACUGGGCAUUGCUUUGCCGCCUGAUCUGCGGACCCUUCGCAAACCGCCGUUGGAUCAACCACAUGGCUUUGUCAUGAUGGAGGGGCAGCAGAAACGCCUACGGGCGGCUUGUUCAGAGGCCAAAGACCUGGCGUACGCUCCCUACUCGAAAUUUAGGGUUGGAGCCGCGGUUCUGUAUGGCGAUAAUACGAUUGUGAAAGGCGCGAAUGUUGAGAACGCCAGUUUUGGUGCGGGGCUAUGUGCAGAACGGAGUGCGUUGGUGACAGCUCGAAUGGAAGGCAAGGACUGCCAAAUCAAGGCUAUUGCCGUGACUACGGACACAGAAGAACUAGUUAGUCCUUGCGGUAUUUGCCGUCAAUUCAUUAGAGAAUUUUCAGAGCCCGAACUUCCCAUCUAUAUGUUUACAAACAGCGGCGACCUUACUGUCCGAACCCUGGGCGAGCUGCUUCCGCUGAGUUUUGGUCCGGAUAAUCUGUUGAGUCGAGGGGGUUGA